UUUGUUUAAACGUGUCAGGUGAAGGAUUUCCCUUGUUAAAUUCAAUGGCUUCUGAGGAUGUCGUCAGGAAAACAACGGGUGAGUCUGCCGUUUCGACGAUAGUCAAUCUCGCUGAAGAGGCGAAACUAGCGAGGGAAGGAGUGAAGACUCCAGGUCCCGCUGUUCUCAGUAUUUGCAAGUCUCUCGCUGCUGGAGGAAUCGCGGGAGGAGUGUCACGCACUGCGGUUGCUCCAUUGGAACGAUUGAAGAUUUUGCUCCAGGUUCAAAAUUCUCAUAAUAUAAAAUAUAACGGAACAAUUCAAGGCUUGAAGUAUAUAUGGAGAACCGAAGGUUUCCGAGGACUGUUCAAAGGCAAUGGUACCAAUUGUGCUCGUAUUGUCCCAAACUCAGCUGUCAAGUUUUUCAGUUAUGAAGAAGCAUCUAGGGGCAUUUUGUGGCUUUAUCGUCAACAAACUGGCAAUGAGGAUGCUCAACUGACUCCUGUUUUACGCCUUGGAGCUGGGGCAACUGCUGGAAUUAUUGCCAUGUCAGCAACUUACCCAAUGGACUUGGCACGAGGCAGGAUCACUGUGCAGACAGAAAAAUCCCCUUACCAGUAUAGAGGAUUGUUCCAUGCCCUAAGAACUGUCCUCGUGGAAGAAGGCCCACGGGCUUUGUACAAAGGUUGGCUUCCUUCCGUCAUUGGAGUUAUUCCGUAUGUGGGUCUCAACUUUUCUGUUUAUGAAUCCCUGAAGGAAUGGCUGGUCAAAACUAGACCAUUUGGCCUAGUUGAUGGUUCUGAGUUGAGCGUGACAACAAAGCUUGCUUGUGGAGCUGCUGCAGGAACUGUUGGCCAGACAGUUGCUUACCCACUUGAUGUUAUUCGCCGAAGAAUGCAGAUGGGGGGCUGGAAGGAUGCUGCUUCAAUUGUCACCGGUGAUGGGAAGCCAGUUGAAUAUUCGGGCAUGGCAGAUGCAUUCCAAAAGACAGUUCGGAACGAGGGCUUUGGAGCAUUGUAUAAGGGCUUAGUCCCCAAUUCAGUGAAGGUUGUUCCAUCCAUUGCAAUUGCGUUUGUGACAUACGAGAUGGUGAAGGAUGUUCUUGGAGUUGAGAUGAGAAUAUCAGACUGAAGAAAGGACUCUAGGGAUAUUUGUUGAACAGUCACGCUAUUUUUGUAGGUGAAGGAAAGAGAGAUGGUGAAUGGCAGGUUGGUGAAAUUUUUUCCCCAGAGAAUGUGGAUAGUGAUGGACCUCAUGUAGAGAAUGUUGAUAACCUAGAUUCCAUCUUUUCCCUCUCUCCCUCUCUCCCUCUCUCCCUCUCCAUCUCCAUUCUCCUCCUCUCCCUCCCCUGUCCAGUCAUGCUUUAGUGUUUUGUAAGCUAAGCCUUCUCAUUCAUAUGCUGUGAUAAUAAAGGUUUGUAAGAAACGUCAGAUGUUGGGUAUUUCUCAUAAAUUUGAAGGAAUCCUUUCCCAAAAGUUAA